AUGCCUAUCCUGUCUACCGUGUCUAUGCCUAUCCUGUCUACCGUGUCUACCUUGUCUACCGUGUCUAUGCCUAUCCUGUCUACCGUGUCUAUGCCUAUCCUGUCUACCGUGUCUAUGCCUAUCCUGUCUACCGUGUCUAUGCCUAUCCUGUCUAUCUCUGUGUCCUUUCCUGGGGGUGUGUCUGCCCCACCUAUUCGUGUUCGUUCUAUGUUGCUGCCUGUUUCUGAUCUUCUGUCUGAUGAUGUGGCCAUGGCCAAUGACGCUGCCAUGGCUGAUGACGAUACCAUUGUUGAUAACGGUACGGUAAUUGAUGACGUUGUCCUGCCUGUUGCUAGUAAGCUGGCUGAUGAUGGUGCCCUGGCUGAUGAUUCUGUUGAAUAUGUGGAAUGUGCUGCUAUUAAAACUAAAGGCAUAUUCUAUAUUCUAAUUAUAAUCCAAUGCGUAAAGUUUAUGAAUGCAGGAUUUGCAGCCAUUUAG